CAGCGUGGUGUGGGGAGGCCUGGCCCUCAAGACUCCAGCCCUUACCCCAGAUACGCAGAUGACCACAAAUGAUAACUCCUGUUGGCCGAGCCUCCACCUUACCUGCUUCCAUCCCUACGGCAAACCUUUGAGCGAGGUCUGGCCUCACCCCACGGACAAUGGCCUUGCCCCCGUGAGCUAGAGCCCGCCUCUCGGCACCUGCCCCUCGCCAGCCAGCAGGAUGCAGCUGUGGAAGGCGGUGGUGGUGACCCUGGCCUUCAUGAGCAUGGACGUCGGCAUGACCACGGCCAUCUACAUCCUCAGCCACCUGGAUCGCAGCCUGCUGGAGGACAUCCGCCAUUUCAACAUCUUUGACUCGGUGCUGGACCUCUGGGCGGCCUGCCUGUACCGCAGCUGCCUGCUGCUGGGAGCCACCAUUGGCGUGGCCAAGAACAGCGCCCUCGGGCCGCGGCGGCUUCGGGCCUCCUGGACGGUCAUCGCCCUCGUGUGCCUCUUUGUGGGCGUUUACGCCAUGGUGAAGCUGUUGCUCUUCUCCGAGGUGCGCAAGCCAGUCCGGGACCCGUGGUUCUGGGCCCUGUUCGUGUGGACUUACGUCUCGCUUGCCGCUUCCUUCCUCCUCUGGUGGCUGCUGUCCACGGUGCGGCCGGACGCCAAGGCCCUCGAGCGGGGGGCCGGAGCCGAGGCCGAGGGCUUCCCUGGGGAGGACCGGCCCCCGCGUGAGCAGGCGUCUGGGGCUACGCUACAAAAGCUGCUGUCCUACACCAAGCCUGACGUGGCCUUCCUCGUGGCGGCCUCCUUCUUCCUCAUCGUGGCAGCUCUGGGUAAUCUCUUAUCUGCAAUUAGCUCAUUUGCCGCAGGUAUUCGGGGAGGCAUUUUUACACUAAUAUUUGCCAGACUGAACAUUCGCCUUCGAAACCGUCUGUUCCGCUCGCUGGUGUCUCAGGAGAUGAGCUUCUUUGAUGAGAAUCGCACAGGGGACCUCAUCUCCCGCCUCACCUCUGACACCACCAUGGUCAGCGACCUGGUCUCCCAGAACAUCAACAUCUUCCUGCGGAACACGGUCAAGGUCACAGGCGUGGUGGUCUUCAUGUUCAGCCUCUCGUGGCAGCUGUCCUUGGUCACUUUCAUGGGCUUCCCCAUCAUCAUGAUGGUGUCCGACAUUUAUGGCAGGUACUACAAGAGGCUCUCCAAAGAGGUCCAGAACGCCCUGGCGAGGGCCAGCAGCACGGCCGAGGAGACCAUUAGCGCCAUGAAGACAGUGCGGAGCUUUGCCAACGAGGAGGAGGAGGCCGAGGUGUACUCGCGGAAGCUUCAGCAGGUGUACAAGCUGAACAGGAAGGAGGCGGCAGCCUACACGUACUACGUCUGGGGCAGUGGGCUCACCCUUCUGGUAGUCCAGGUCAGUAUCCUCUACUACGGGGGCCACCUCGUCAUCUCGGGGCAGAUGACCAGCAGCAACCUCAUCUCCUUCAUCAUCUACGAGUUUGUCCUGGGAGACUGUAUGGAGUCCGUGGGCUCUGUCUACAGCGGCCUGAUGCAGGGAGUGGGGGCCGCCGAGAAGGUGUUCGAGUUCAUUGACCGGCAGCCAACCAUGGCGCAUGAUGGCAACUUGGCCCCUGACCACCUGGAGGGCCGGGUGGACUUUGAGAAUGUGACCUUCACCUACCGCACUCGGCCCCACACCCAAGUCCUGCAGAAUGUCUCCUUCAGCCUGUCCCCAGGAAAGGUGACCGCGCUCGUGGGGCCCUCGGGCAGUGGGAAGAGUUCCUGUGUCAACAUCCUGGAGAACUUCUACCCUCUGGAGGGGGGCUGCGUGCUGCUGGACGGGAAGCCCGUCAGCGCCUAUGACCACAAGUACCUGCACCGAGUGAUCUCCCUGGUGAGCCAGGAGCCAGUGCUGUUUGCCCGCUCUAUCACGGACAACAUCUCCUACGGCCUGUCCACUGUGCCCUUUGAGAUGGUGGUGGAGGCUGCACAGAAGGCAAAUGCCCACGGCUUCAUCAUGGAGCUCCAGGACGGCUACAACACAGAGACUGGGGAGAAGGGUGCCCAGCUGUCGGGCGGCCAGAAGCAGCGGGUGGCCAUGGCUCGGGCUCUGGUGCGGAACCCACCUGUCCUCAUCCUGGACGAAGCCACCAGCGCCCUGGAUGCAGAGAGCGAGUACCUGAUCCAGCAGGCCAUCCACGGCCACCCGCAGAAGCACACGGUGCUCAUCAUCGCGCACCGGCUGAGCACAGUGGAGCGUGCGCACCUCAUCGUGGUGCUGGACAAGGGCCGCGUGGUGCAGCAGGGUACUCACCAGCAGCUGCUGGCCCAGGGCGGCCUCUACGCCAAGCUGGUACAGCGGCAGAUGCUGGGGCUCGAGCCCGCCUCCGACUACUCAGCCGGCCACAAGGAGCCGCCGGGCAGCGGCGGCGGUCACAAGGCCUGACCGGUGGGGCGGAGGCCCUGGCGCCUCGCCUGGCAGACGUACCUGUGGGGGCUCCCCCCCCCCCCCCCCCCACCGCUGCCCUCUGAGCCCAGGCCCACAGCACUGGAGGGCCACCUGCCAUGUCCCACGUGUCACCGCUUCCUGCAUCUCGCCCCCGAUUCCUGCCCCGUCGCCUGGGCCACCACCAGCCCUCCCCUGCUGCCACGAGCCACCGCCUCCAGCUGGGGCAGCGGAGACACGUCUGAUCUCUCCAUCUGGCCUCCCAAGGCUUCUAAGCGAAGGUAGAGCUACCUUUUUAAACCAGGAUCUUCCCAGGUUUUUUUUACUGCUUGGUUUGAUGGGCCCCAGUCAACUCCCAGAUUUCAAAAACAGUUUUUUCAUUGGGAGUAACGAUGGGCCAGGCCGCUGAGAUGUUCUAGAAACUUCUGAGCCAGGAGUGAAUGAUCUUUCCUAAUAGCCUGGGGGAUGUCAGGGGAGAACCAGGCCUCUGCCCCUUUGCCCCUCGAGAGAAGGGGCUUCCCUGUUCCCUCUGUGUCAGAGGAGGGGACUUCCUCUCUCACUCUUCCCAGCUUCAUGAGUCAGGCCAAGGUCAGCAGGGGCAGUGGAAGGCACCUGUCUGCCCAUCGUCCCUGCCGCCCUGCCAAAUCGAAGCCAGUCUCACUGUGAACCACUACUACUGACCUUAACUGGGGGAGUGAGGGGCUGGCCAGGCCUGGCAGAGACUCAGGGUGUCCCCAACCCUGCACCCAGCUCGAGCCCCUCGGCCCUGCCUCAUCCCCUGCCCCUGUCCCCCACCCCCACCCCUGCAGCCCUCUCCCCCACCCCCGCCCCUGCCGCCCUGCUCUUCGGAGGCUCUUGGCAUGUUGGAUGUUUGGCAGACGCAUUCUCUUCUGUGUCUGGUGGAUGGGGAGGGGACAGUGGCAAAGCUCAGGCUCUGGCUUUGCGGGGGGUGGGGGUGGGGGAUGAGAGGGGCGUUGCAGGAUGUUAGAAGAACCCGGCCAAUAAAGUGUACUACCUCUGACCCCUGACCUCUGACCUCUUCCUGGGCCCUCUGCCCCAUCACCUGGUUAGGUUUUUCCAUCAAACCCAGCUCUCCUCCCAGCCCUGCCCGGUGUAGUUGUGGGAGAGACUCUGGGUGGUACAGGGCCUCCCCCCAGGAUCU